AUGACUACUAAAACCAAUUCACCCGCAAUCUUUUUCGUUAUUUUCUCUCUGGUGGUGCUAUUAUUCACCAUUUCGCCGUGCUUUUCUGACCCUGAUGCGCUACAAGACUUUUGUGUUGCUAAUCUAAAUGCUGCGACGUCCAUAAAUGGGUUCCCAUGUAAACUUGAAGCGGAUGUAUCAUCAAGUGACUUCUUCUUUAGUGGUUUGAUGAAUGAAGCGGACACCGACGGUAUUUUUGGCAUUGGCACAUCAACAGGUAAUGUUCGUUCCUUCCCUGGGUUAAACACCCUUGGACUUUCAACGAGUCGAGUCGACUUUGCACCUAAUGGAAGUAUCCCACUUCAUACACAUCCUCGAGCAUCCGAAACUGGAUUCGUCCUAAAGGGAGAAGUACUCGUUGGCUUCAUAAGCACUAAAAGUGUUCUUUACUCCAAAGUUCUGAAAGCUGGAGAGAUGUUUGUGGUACCUAAGGGACUUGUCCACUUUCAGAAAAACGUCGGGCUGGGGAAGGCCACUACUCUGAAUACUUUCAAUAGCCAUCUGGCUGGGACUGUCAUCCUUAGCACUAUCUUCAUUUCUAGCCCUGGCAUUCCUAAUGGUAUUUUGGCUCAGAACUUCCAAGUUGAUGAAACAGUUGUCGCUAGCAUCAAAUCCAAACUUGGUGCUCUCUAA